GCAAGAGGUCUUGGUUGGAUCAGGGAGCAGAGAGCAUCGGGAAGAAUGCACACAAAAUCCUGGUCAUAAUAAAUCCACAGGAGGAUCAGCAUUCCCGAGCAAGAAGUAAUGUCCCCAAUGGACUUUGGUUCCUUGAAUAACAUCCAGCUGCCUGUAUGCUGCCCCCUCAUUACGAAGGACAUCUAGAACGUAAUGUGCAAUCUGACGUCAAUCUUCUGCUGUAAGUCCACAAGUCCAAAACUUGAUCAGAAAAUUCCCAUAGACGAAGGAGCGACGGGGGAGAAAAAGGCACAGAGGAUUUGCUUUGCAAGCUUCAGAUCUGGGAUUGCAACUCAAGCGUCCAGAAUUGACCAGUAGAUGAAGGUGCUAUCGGAGACAUCCAUCUGGUUUGGUGACUACUUAUGCUAUAAGGAGGCCUCUGAUGGUGGAGCUUUGCAGUACCCUGCAAGGAAAUAGCUAUGAAGAAAAUGAAGCAGCCUAGUUUAUAACAACACCUGGAACCACGACUUGUCGACACGGGGUCUCCGGUCAGUUUAAGGGGCGUCCACCUACCGGCUGCCGAUGUUAUUUCAUCCGGCUAAACUACAGCAGUAGAACAUCUUACUUUUUGUCAGUUUAAGGCAGAUGCUUUUAUUUGUAUUCGGCCUUGCAAAUUACUUUAUAUGCAGAGACUUAUAGUCUGGCAACAAUUCAUAUUUUGCUCAAAAGGUCCAUACGGAUGUGUUUGUUUCUCUGUAGUUUGGGAAACAGCUAGAGAAGUCCCACUCUGCUGUUGGGCAACGAUGCUGUUACAUGAUUUGAAUAGUCCACGGAAUUUGCCAACAGUGAGCGCGCACCGGAAACCGUUCUGCAAUGCUGCAAUGAUUUAAAAGCUUGAAGCAAGGUUGCUCCUUCCCGUGAAGGGUUAACUCAAGUUUAGAUUCACAGAGAGAAAUUUGAUUUAUCACAUGCAGUUUUGUGCUCAUGUAUCGGAUACUGGUUACAUCCAUAGAGAAUUCCUGUGGCAUCGAGUAUGUUCUAGAUGAGAGAGCAAGUGGGCAUUAUACGUAGGCACUUAAGCUUAGAGCAUCCUAGCUGUGGCACUGGGUUUGCUGUAUAUGAGAGGGCAAGUAGGCAUUGCAUUGAGGCACUAAGGCUUAGGGCACCCUAGUUGUGGCACUGGACUUGUAGAUGAGAGGGAAAGUGGGCGCUGUACUGAGGCACUAAGGCUUAGGGCACCCUAGCUGUGGCAUCAGGCGUUUUGUAGAUGAGAGGGCAAGUGGGCAUUGUACUGAGGCAUUAAGGUUCAGGGCACCCUAGCUGUGCCACCGGGUAUGUUGUAGAUGAGAGGGAAAGUGGGCAUUGUACUAAGGGUUAAGGCAUCCUAGCUGUGCCACCGGGUAUAUGGUAGAUGAGAGGGCAAGUGGGCAUUGUACUGAGGGUUGGGGCACCCUUAGCUGUGCCACCGGGUAUGUUGUAGAUGAGAGGGCAAGUGGGCAUUAUACUGAGGGUUAGGGCAUCCUAGCUGUGCCACCGGGUAUGCUGUAGAUGAGAGGGCAAGUGGGCAUUGUAUUGAGAAACUGAAGGUUAAGGCACCCUAGCUGUGGCACCAGGCUUGUUGUAUAUGAGAGGUCAAGCGGGCAGUGCACUGAGGUGCUGAGGUUUGUUGUAGAUGAGGGGGCAAGUGGGCAUUGUAGUGAUGUACUAAGGCUUAGGGCAUGUGGGUUGUUUGUAGAUGAGAGGGCAAAUGGGCAUUGCUCUGAGGCACUAAGGCUUAGGGCACCCUAGCCGUGGCACUGGGUUUGUUGUAGAUGAGAGGGCAAGUGGUCAUUGUAGUGAGGCACUAAGGCUUAGGGCACCCUAGCCGUGGCACUGGGUUUGUUGUAGAUGAGAGGGCAAGUGGUCAUUGUAGUGAGGCACUAAGGCUUAGGGCACCCUAGCCGUGGCACUGGGUUUGUUGUAGAUGAGAGGGCAAGUGGUCAUUGUAGUGAGGCACUAAGGCUUAGGGCACCCUAGCCGUGGCACUGGGUUUGCUGUAGAUGAGAGGGCAAGUAGGUAUUUCACUGAGGGUUAGGGCACCCAGGGUACAGUUAGUAAAGCAUUUUAGAUUUGUAUCAUUGGCAUAAUUGUUAAAUUAUCUUAGGUCUUAUGAUUCCUUGGAAGUGUGAUCCGAUUUCAUGGAUUUGCUCGCUUCUACAGAACCCCAAUCUUGCGACACACGCCUUCCUCUUCCUUAAGACGUGCAAAGGCAGUUUCUGCCAGCAACCACAUUAUCAAAGGCGGACGCAGAGCCCGUUAGUAACUGCGCAGCUGGGUAUAAAUUUGGAAGCAACCUGUCUAACUCACAGCUUUUAAGCCCCCGGAGAUCUAAUCCAAAGACGGGCAGCAAAAUUCCUUCCCGUGCAAUGCAAACACAGGUCAGCUGAGGAUUCCCAUAUUCUGCUCCGGCUAUGGAAGUGUUACCCAGAGCAAUUAGAUUUUUCAUUUGCAGGACUGGAAUCUGAUUCACCCCUUUGACAAUACCGGCCCUGUUCUAUCAGUGUUUCUCUACUCCUGUUUAUUUCAGCUGGAACAACCGAGUGUUUCUGGAACUUUGCAAAAGUUAAGACUACAGGUUAAGCUCUGUGCUACUUCCAUAGUAAGGAGAUUGUCAUAAGCGCUCAUUCCAGUGGGGCAAAGGUGAACGUUGCUGACGUUACGUUCAAUUGGGUGCAAAAGUGAAUGCUGGGACCUUUAAACAAAUCUCUAGUCUCACUGCAUGGUCUGCAAACUGCUCCAUAUAACCAGUCAACCAGCAGCGUGCAGAACGUUUGUGCCUGUAUAUCCGUGGAGGCUUUGUCUAGCCAAAACACGGACAUAUCCUGGUCUUCCUACCCCAUCCUCGCCUCUUUAGCAACCAUGGAGGACUUUUUCCAUCGACAUUUCAGCAAAUCAUGUCCGCCUGAAUCGGAUCGGAGGGUGGGUAUGAGUGCAUCGAAAGUCAGACGUAAGUCAGGGGCUGGAGGCCCCUCGCUGGGACUGCUGACGCAGCGAAGGGUUUCGAUGCAGGCGUGCCGGAGCAAGAAAAACGCAGAGAGUCGAAGGAAAUCCAGCACAGCACCUGUUAGAGUAAACCCACGGUUUGCAGUGAAAGAACUUAAACGGUGUACAUUGAGAUCUGCUAAGAUUCAGAGUGUAGAACAGCUGCUGUGGGACAUAUGGCUGGAUUGUAAGUUACUCAACCACACAAGUCAACAGUGCCGUCAUCAGGAGAGAGCGGAGGAUUUUCAUUCAUCAAGCAGCGACACUUCCGAAAGCGAAGUUGGCGUCGAGGCGUUACCAAGGAAAGCCAUUUCCCGCUCUGGACUUCAACACCUGGCUACUGUGCACUGCCCAAGCCUAUCCAUCUCAAAUGGACCCCUGAAAGAGCCUCGCACCAGCCUCGACUGGACUGAGAACGCAGUGAACGGCGAGCACCUUUGGCAGGAGACCAAUGUAUCGGGAGACCUGUGUUAUCUGGGAGAGGAGAACUGUCAAGUCAAAUUUUCAAAAUCUGCCGUGCGGAGAAAGUGCGCAGCCUGCAAGAUCGUGGUACACAUAGCCUGCAUGGAUCAGCUAGAGAAGAUUAAUUUUAGAUGCAAGCCAACUUUUCGUGAUGGGACGUCCCGGACGCCAAGGGAGGUCAGACAUUUUUCUUGUUGUUCUAACCAGCAGAAUCUGGUGAGGCAUCAUUGGGUCCAUCGACGGCGGCAGGAGGGAAAGUGCAAGCACUGCGGGAAGGGUUUCCAGCAGAAGUUUUCAUUCCACAGUAAGGAAAUUGUGGCGAUCAGCUGUUCCUGGUGCAAGCAGGCGUUCCACAACAAGGUCACCUGUUUCCUGCUACACCACAUAGAGGAGCCCUGCUCUCUGGGGGCCCAUGCUGCAGUAAUCGUUCCUCCAAGCUGGAUCAUUAAGGUGAAGAAACCUCAGGUCAACGCAAAAAAUUCCAGUAGACGGAAGAAGAGGACGUCGUUCAAGCGGAAAGCCAGCAAAAAAGGCUUUGAGGACAUUAAAGGCCGUGCCUUUGUGAUAAAACCCAUCUCUUCCCCCCUCAUGAAACCUUUGCUGGUCUUUGUGAACCCCAAAAGUGGAGGAAACCAGGGCACAAAAGUGCUGCAGAUGUUCAUGUGGUUCUUGAACCCCCGGCAGGUCUUUGAUCUCUCUCAGGAAGGGCCGCGGGAGGCGCUGGAGCUGUAUAGAAAAGUGCCAAAUCUUCGCAUUCUCGCCUGCGGUGGCGAUGGGACGGUAGGCUGGAUCCUUUCUGUCUUGGACGAGCUGCAGAUAAACCCGCAGCCUCCGGUUGCUGUUCUUCCUCUUGGUACCGGGAAUGACCUUGCUCGCACCCUUAAUUGGGGAGGGGGUUACACAGAUGAACCCGUCUCUAAGAUCCUCUGCCAUGUAGAAGAUGGCACCAUAGUGCAGCUGGACCGCUGGAACCUGCAGGUGGAGAGGAACCCUGACCUACUCCACGAGGAGCUGGAUGAUGGGACACAUAAGCUUCCACUUAACGUUUUCAAUAACUACUUCAGUCUGGGGUUUGAUGCUCACGUGACCUUGGAGUUCCACGAGUCCAGAGAAGCAAAUCCUGAAAAAUUCAAUAGUCGUUUUCGGAACAAGAUGUUCUAUGCAGGGGCCGCCUUCUCAGACUUUUUACAGAGAAGUUCCAGAGAUUUAUCCAAACAUGUAAAAGUUGUGUGUGAUGGGACCGACCUCACUCCCAAGAUCCAAGAGCUGAAAUUUCAGUGUAUCGUCUUCUUAAAUAUUCCCAGGUACUGUGCUGGCACAAUGCCCUGGGGAAACCCCGGUGACCACAGAGACUUUGAGCCCCAGCGCCACGACGAUGGCUACAUAGAGGUCAUUGGCUUCACAAUGGCGUCUUUGGCUGCCCUGCAGGUAGGUGGCCACGGAGAGAGGCUUCACCAAUGCAGGGAAGUGACUCUGCUGACGUACAAGGCCAUCCCCAUGCAGGUGGAUGGAGAACCCUGCCGCCUCGCCCCUUCCCUCAUCCGCAUAUCCCUUAGGAACCAAGCGAACAUGGUACAGAAGAGCAAGAGAAGAACCUCAAUGCCCUUAUUGAAUGAUAUCCAUAAAGUGCCCACCGCUGACCACCGACGGGUCUCCGCUCCCCCAGACUCCUUCACUGUCCCACAUUCUGUGCCAGACCGGCUGCGCAUCCGCGUGAACCGUGUUCGACUGCAUGAGUACGAGGGUCUACAUUACGACAAGGACAAGCUGCGAGAAGCCUCCAUUCCCCUCGGAAUAAUUGUGGUGCGGGGAGACUGUGACCUGGAGACCUGUCGGAUGUAUAUUGAUCGUCUGCAGGAGGAUCUUCAUUCUGUGACGUCACACAGAGAUCAUUGCCAAGAUCAUGAGAACUCAUUCCCGAGGUUGCUUUCUGCCCAGCGACUCAAUCCACGAUGGUGCUUCCUAGAUGCUACCUCUGCUGACCGAUUCUAUCGUAUAGACAGAUCUCAGGAACAUCUACAUUUUGUCACUGAGAUUUCCCAAGAUGAGGUCUUUAUUCUGGACCCCGAGGCCGCUGGGAGUCCGCAGGGCAGUGCCGGAACGGGAAUGCCGGAUCUUGUGGUCGAGCAGCCAUCAGGGCUGUCGGAGUGGUGGCCCCCGACGUGUCGGAAGCGUAUAGUGAGUGACAGCUGCGUGCCCGGGAAGGUGUCACUGCAGAACGAGCUCUCAGACAAUCCGUACGACUGCUGUCCUUCCAGCGCUCUGCCGUCCCCAGCCUCAGCGGAAGAACAAGUUCUUGUAGCUGCGGUGUUGAAUGGUGACCUUGACAAGGUCACCGAGUCCUGCAAGCAAGGCGCAAGUCUGCGGAUCCAGGGACCAGAGCGCUGCUCGUUACUGCACCUGGCUUCCAUGGCAGGACACACAGACAUAGUGGCUUACAUCCUAGAGCACGGACCCGAAGAGCUACUGGAGAUGGUUGAUAGACUCACAGGAGAGACGGCGCUGCACAAAGCUGCUUUCCAGGGCCACCGGCAGGUUUGCCAAAUUCUGGUGGAUGCCGGAGCCUGUUUGAUAAAGAAGGAUGCCAAGGGACGAACUGCGUGUGAUAAAGCCCAGGAGGCCGGAGACUCUGACCUUGCGUCGUACUUGGAAACUUGUCAAGCCAAGCAACUUCUUUCCAGUGAAGACCUAGAGACAGCGGUUUGAUAAAUACAGCCGCACGAGGGAACAUUUCGGAAAGCGAAGACGUGCACAGCCAAGGUUCCUGGAGAAGGUCAACCCAGGAGAAAGAAACUGGUCGGAAGAGGUACCCCUUCCUAAUGCAAGAUCGCCGGAAGACGGCGUACUGUCCAGUUUCUAAGGGCUACCGAGACUUGCCAAGGAACUGCCGCCCACUUGCUGCGUUGAGGGACGCGGAAGCGUGGUGUAGAGUGACAGAGACGGGGUUGACCCCCCUCACCCCGUGUGGAUCCCUCUCUCUGUUCCCCAAGAAGACGCAUGAUCCUGUACAUUGUCUGUCUCCUCACUUUGGUCAAAGCCCGCAUAGUCCCCGGUCAUAGAGUCGGACUUGCAGGCCUGCACAGUGUUAUAAACCUCACUUCUGUUCUGGUACCUGCAGUGCCAAUUCAUGAAAGAGACUGGAUUCUGCUAUGACGGUGGUCACCAUGCGGGCGCAGCCAGGAUAUAAUUUAUUUGGUUGUACAAAUGACAUUAUGUGAAGAAUCAAACUAUUAAUAUUUUUUCAUGAAACAAUCACUAAAAUGCAGUAUGAUCCAAUACAUGAAGGUAACAUUCUUGUAACAUUCACAAAUACAUGUUUCAGAACUCUUAUACCAUGACAUAACCUGUGAUGUUUGACUUGUACCUGUAUUUAACCUUAUUACACAGAUCAUGGCAAA